CGGCUCUGCUCGGGCCGCACUCGGCUAUUUCCGCCUCUUUGUUUUAAACUCCGGGCCGAGCCCUUUAAAUCCCCCGUUUUUCUUUUUAAAAUUUUCUUGGGAAAGGGAAGAGGGGCCGGUGCUUCCCUUCGCCUCGCGUUUCCGACUCCUGUGCUCUCUGCCCUGCGGUGGCGCUCGGAGAAGGACGGGCCGGGGAGCGGAGGGUCGGCGGCGGCGGGGGGAGCCCCCGCUGUAGCCCCGAGCGGCGGCCGCGCCCCCCCCCGUCAGACACCAAAGAUGCUAACAAGGAAGAUUAAGCUUUGGGACAUUAAUGCCCAUAUAACCUGUCGUCUGUGCAAUGGAUACCUGAUCGAUGCUACUACUGUAACAGAAUGCUUGCAUACUUUCUGUAGAAGCUGCCUAGUGAAAUAUUUGGAGGAAAACAACACCUGUCCAACCUGUAGGAUUGUUAUACAUCAGAGCCACCCAUUACAGUAUAUUGGUCAUGACAGAACAAUGCAAGAUAUUGUUUACAAACUUGUGCCGGGCCUCCAAGAAGCGGAAAUGAAAAAGCAAAGGGAGUUUUAUCACAAACUGGGCAUGGAAGUUCCAGGGGAUAUCAAAGGGGAGACAUGUUCUACAAAACAGCACCUAGAUUCUCAUCGAAAUGGUGAAACUAAAGCAGAUGAAAAUAUAAAUAAAGAAACUUCGGAGGAAAAACAGGAAGAAGAUAAUGACUACCACCGAAGUGAUGAACAGGUAAGCAUCUGCUUGGAGUGCAAUAGCAGCAAACUGCGUGGAUUGAAACGAAAAUGGAUUCGUUGCUCUGCACAAGCAACAGUCUUGCAUCUAAAGAAGUUCAUUGCCAAAAAACUCAACCUUUCUUCUUUUAAUGAGCUGGACAUAUUAUGCAAUGAAGAGAUUCUUGGCAAGGACCAUACGCUCAAGUUUGUAGUUGUUACUAGAUGGAGAUUUAAGAAAGCACCUCUACUGCUACAUUAUAGACCCAAAAUGGACUUGCUGUAAGGGAACUUAAGUGUCCUUCUGGACAGAGCUUUUUGCAGAGACUAUCAUCUGGCACCUUCUUAGUGCAUCACUAAUCACAUGACACAAACCAGCUGAAUAAUUUUGGAAGACUGGAGGGCUUUCAUAGUGGGCUGUCCUGAAUAUUUCUUCUAGGGAUGUGUUACCUAGACUUCUGGGCAGACAAUAUUUAUACUUUUUUGUAUGGAAGAAAGAAGUUUCAACUCAGCAAGACACUACCAGCAUUAAGUUUACAGAUACUGAAAACACUUCACAGUUCCAUGUAGCUCAGCCUGAUUUGUCUCUUACAGUUACACACAGAAAAAAAGUUUGAGUGUUGUGGGGUGAUAUAAAUAUGUUGCUUUUGACACCAAGUUGCUUUAGUUACUUCUUGCAUUCUAAAUCUUUAAAAACUAUAUUUUUGCAAAGUGUUAUUGUCUUAUAUAGUAUGCCUGAUUGCAUUGGCUUUAUUCAAGUUACUCUGUAGAGCAUUGAACAUACCUGAUAAUACAGUGACUGGUGAUAAUUUAUUAUGCUGCAUUGAAAACUUAAGAAAGUCUGGGAAACCAGUAAAUUUGUCAUUUUUGCCCAGUUAUUGCUCUCCCUCACCUUGUGUUUUAAUAAAGUUUUGAUACUUCUGUAUAUGUGUUAAUUUGGUAAGACUAAUAGAAAUAAUUUCAGUUGAUUUUAAUGUGCUGUGAUAUAUAUUUUGCUAUGGUAUAAAUUGCACCACGUAAUGACAAAUACUCACAAGUGCUAGAUUUGUGAAUUUCUUAAAAAAUAAACAUUUCUUAUGUAUUGUGGCUUGCAGAAAUCAGUUUUUAAUUUAGAGAGAAUUUGCUAUCACUAGCUAUUGAAACAGUGACUCUUGGACAACUGUGGGAGUAUUGCAGAUUUUUCAUUUCACUGAUUAAAACUUACAAGCAACUUUAAACUUCUUUAGCUGUUUUCUUACAAAACCAUAGCAUUUUCUGUACUGCAAUUCCAAACUUACAUGGGGUGGGGAGGAAGGGGGAGUCAAGACAAGAUUAUUUUAGCACCUUUUGGCCUUAACUAGUAAUUUUGCUUGCAUCAGCCCUAAUGGAUGCAAGGUAAUACACAUGAAUCUAUGUAUGGGUACAUAAAUCUAUAUACACAUAUAACUAUAUAUGUUAUAGAAAGCACCCUCAAUGGCACUUAGCAGGGCUCGCUGCACUUUUUGUAAGGCUUUUGGAAAUAAUUGGCUUUUAAAAAACUGUAGUUGAAAGUGAUUUCUGCAAGCUAUAUCCACUAUGUAUCAUCCAUAGUGCAAUUGUAAGAACAUUUGUCUGGCGCAGGUGUGAAGUCACUGAAAAUAGUUUAUGCCCUAUUAUGGCCAGCUGGAAAUAGUUAACCUAAUUUUUGGAAGAGUUUUCCUGUCAGCUGAAAAUGCUAGUCGCUAUUCCUAUUAUUAAACCCUGUUAUUUUUUGAUAAAUUAUCUUUUGAUAAGAAGCCCUGCUUCCUCUUGCUGUGCUCCUUUGCUUCUUCUGCUAGAAAGUGUUACUUAGUAACCAGAAGCUGAUACUGCAAGAGAUUUAUCUAAGCAUUUUAAAUAUUCUUCCUCUUGAGUUUUCAAAGCGCUACAUUCCUCAGCACAUUUCCCUUAAUUUCCCUCUCUGGAGUCUUCAGUUCUCCUUUCCGAGCUCUGCUGCUGCUUGUGUUUACCUUUGACAACAGGGCUCCUUGUUUUGAUUACAGUCACAGAUGUGAGGAGGAAGGAAACAAAAAAGAAAUUAUGUGAGCAGAGAAUGAAAAGCAUUCUCCUGAAUUGUGGAGAUGGAAAGGAGAGCCACACAAAGGCCAGAACAUGCUGCUGUCCAUGCAGACAAAAGUGUUAAGAUAGCUGUAUUUGAAUGUUUAGGUCACACAGAACUCCACAUCUGGUUCUUGUGUGGUGGUUGUGUGCAUGUCUGUGAUUCGUGCAAUCAAAUUUGGCUCUGAUUUUGUCUUGCUGUUUGUGUAUUUCAGCUUUUUUUCUGUCUUUAGCAUUACUUGAUCUGGCAGAAAAUAACAAACAAGAUCAUGUGUCUACCAUUUUUAAAACUUUCCAUGAAAGCAGUCAAUGCAGGUGGUAUGGAUGUGUACACAGGCUGACAUGCUGGGCCUCUCUGGAGCUAUUUCUUACAUGAUUGUUAUUGUUCUAAUGUGAAAAAGAGUCUUGCUUUGCCACUGAGGCCCUGAGAAUGUGGACAGGACUGUAAGGGUCCCAGCUCUGUGCACCCAGAGUAUACACCAAGUGGCUGUACCUGAUGUAGACAUUAAACUAAAGCUGCCAGACAGCAUUCUGGUUAACCACCUUAAUCAGAAUAUAUAUAUAUAUAUAUACACACACACACAAACAAAUAUAUAUAUACAUAUACACAUAUAAAUGAGAUCUGUCUACCUCAAGUGUGUGUACUGCAGGAAACUUUUGUAUGACUAGAUAUUGACGCAGUGCUGUUAAAGUACAUUGGGAUUUCAUUUCUUCCUUGUGUACUUGAGCAACUGAGAAAUUAAUUACGAACACACAAAUUCAGAAGCCUUUCAAAUCUAUCUCUUGCUGUAACAACUUACAAUAGAAAACUUAAAACUUCAUAACCAUCUUUAGAAUCACUUGAAUUUGUUAUGGUGCUAUCAGUAUAUAGAAAACUCUGUUUAUAUGGAUACAUAAAUUCAAGCCAGUAUUAAUACCUAUAGCUGGGGUUUUUGCUUGUAAUUGUAUGUAACUGCUUUUGCAAUGUGUUUAAUCUGAUAAUAUCGCACCAUUAAAAAAAACAAAAAAAACAAAAAAA